AGGCGGAAAAUUCUAGUUGGGCGGACAAGGCCCCCCGUGUCCUCUCUUGGCUUCAUGCCUGCAAUGCAUCAAUCUACAUAUAUUACGUUAUCCUUUGAAGUUUGUUAUUAAUCAAUCGUAUGUUAUUCUAGAAAGAUAUUUGUAGGUGGUGGUUGAAACUAGACUGAACUAAACGGGCGGCGGGGCUAGGCCACACCCGUGGAGCAGCAACAACAAUCGAUCUAACAACAACAGCAACAUGACGACAGCAUGGCCGACAAGAAGGCAAGAUGCAGAGAAAGAAUGGGUACACUAAAAAUAAAUAAAAGUUACGCUAAACAGUAUAAUAAAAGAAAGGAGAAGCAAGAACUUGAUCAGCUGAAGCAAAAGUAUGGCAGUGACAAUUUUGAAGAAGAAUCUAGCACGUCAGAGUCUGAAGAUGAAGAAGCUGUGGCCAUCACACCACAGAUUGAGAGGGAUUUCAUUAAAACGCUUGCUCUCAUAAAAAGCCGAGAUCCAAAGAUUUAUGACAAGAGCACAAGCUUUUUUGAAGAGGGAGAAAACAGUGAAACAGCUGAAGCUGACGUUGAAAAGAAAAAACCAGUUUACCUGAAAGACCAUGAAAGGAAUAGGAUUUUAAGCCGCGGCGUAAAAGCUUUUGUAAGUGAUUCUGAAAGUGAAAGUGAUACGAACGAAGAUCAAGAUAAGAUUAUUUCAAAAGAAGACUAUUUUCUUUCCAAGGAGGAUGACCUGACUUACGUGAAGGAGCAGCAGAAACUCAAAGAAAGCUUUAAAACUGCUCUCGACAACGUUUCUGAUAAUGAAGAAUUUCUCACGGUAAAGAGAAGUGAAUCGCCUUCAAAGAAGCAGGACCUCUCAUUCAAUCAAACCGAAAGUUUUCCUGUUGAUGACGAUGAGAAAUUCUUGACAAGCUAUCUUUUGAAAAGAGAGUAUUGCGAAGACGAUGACAGUGCUCCACACUUCAGUGCGCCCAUAGAAGAAGAGGAUGACAGCGAAUUAGAUCGUGAGGAAGCAUUCGAAAGGAAGUACAAUUUUCGUUACGAAGAACCAGAUGAAGACUUCAUAAAAAUGUAUCCUCGGACAAUUAAGGAAUCUGUCCGCAGAAAAGACGAUUCACGUAAGAAGAAGCGCGAUGUAAGAAAUGAGAGAAAAAAGAAGGAAAAAGAAGUGAGAGAAGAGGAAAUCAGGAAACUGAAAAAGCUGAAACGGAAGGAAAUUCUUGAAAAGAUUGAUAAGAUAAAAGAAAUAACUGGAAACUCUAAAGUUGGCUUUUUAGAAGAUAAUCUUGAUGGAGACUUUGAUCCAAAAGAAUACGAUAUGUUGAUGCAGAGAAUUUAUGAUACCGAGUUUUAUGAAGCAGAUGAGAAAGAAAAGCCUACGUUUGAGGAUGACUCUAACUAUUACGAGGACUGGGACGACUGGCAAGGUGAAAAUCAAGGUGAGAUUGAAGAGACUGGUCCGGACGAGCAAGUUAAAGGGGAAGCGUAUUACGAAGACGCAAACAGUGUUACGUCACAAAGCAAGUUUGCCAAAGAAUCACAACUUGCUAAGAAACUAACUCAGAAGAAACCAGUCUUUGACCCAGGGGAAAAAACAUUUGAAGAGUAUUUCGACGAGUAUUACAAACUCGAAUAUGAAGACAUCAUUGGCGACCUGCCGGUCCGGUUCAAAUACAGAGAAGUUAUGCCAAACAACUACGGCCUUAGUACUAACGAGAUUUUGAAUGCAGAAGAUAAAGAGUUGAAUCAAUGGUGCUCUUUAGGAAGAACAAGUAAAUACCUGUCUACAGAAGAGGAAAUAAAAGACCGAUAUAAAUACAAAAGAAAGGCCAGAAGCUCUAAGCGUAAAGCAAGAGUGUUUUCUUCUCUCUUCACCUCAAACAGCGAGGAUUUAAAUACUGCAAAAAGUGAGGGAAAAGAUAAAUCAAAGAAACUGAAAAUUUCACAAUCUUUGAAGGAUAUUCCGAGUGAAGAAAAGAAAAGUUCUUUAAUAAACAGAAAACUAGGAGGGAAAGGAAAAAAUCGUAUCGGUAAAGGAACACAGAAGGUAGGCAAGAGAUUGGAAAAACUGUCUUCAAAACGCUUUGCUGCGUAUGGUUUUGGGAAAAGGAAACGAAAGCGAUCCUAGAGCCUGCUGGAGAACAUAUUACUCGCAAACAUUUAAUUUGUUCUUGAAAUAGUAAUUUAACUUUGUCAUGUUUCUAACACUACUAAAUUUGUGAUGAUAUUACCAAUGCAUAUUCCCAGGCAAAA